AUGAAGGCAAAGGGUAAACAGGCAGCGAAGCCUAAAUCUGCAUCAAAACCUAAUGCGCAGGAAAAUGCACAAUUCCUCGAGGCUUUGAAACUAUUUGAAGGUAAAAACUACAAGAAAUCAAUUAAGAUAUUGGACCCUCUUUUGAAGAAAGAUCCCUCUUAUGUAGAUGCUCUAGCAUUGAAAGGGCUAGAUUUAUUUUCAAUUGGUGAAAAAACUGAAGCGGCAUCUUUAGUCACAAAUGCAAUCAGUAAGAUCAAAGGCACCGAUGCUUCCUCAAUUUGUUGCCAUGUACUUGGUAUCUAUAUGAGAAAUACUAAAGACUACAAGGGAUCCAUCAAUUGGUUUCAAGCUUCUUUAGCUAAUGGCUCCAACAAUUAUCAAAUUUAUAGGGAUCUCGCUACAUUGCAAUCUCAAGUGGGCGACUUCAAAGGAGCUGAAUUUUCUCGUCAACAAUACCUAUCAGUUGCAAUGGGAUAUCGUGCCAACUGGACUGGUUUAGCUAUCGCCCAUGAUAUCAAUAACCAUCCUCAAGAGGCUGUUAAACUCCUAACACAAUUUGAGAAACUAACUGAAGGAAAAAUUGGCCCCGCUGAAGCUUAUGAGGACAGUGAAUGUAAGAUGUACAAGAUUGAUGUCAUGUACAGGUCUGCUGGAUCUACCAAAGACAAACUUUACAGUGCUUUACAGCAAUUGGAACAGGAAGAAUCAAAGAUUACUGACAAAUUUGCAGUUUUGGAAACAAAAGCAUCUAUUUACAUGAAGUUAGGCAAGUUCAAAGAAGCUUCCAUCAUGUACAGAACUUUAAUCAGCAGAAAUCCAGACGAUUUCAAAUAUUACACAUUACUUGAAGCUUCCUUGGGUAUUCAGAGUAACAAUAAAUUGAGAAAGGCAUUAUAUGAAAAACUCGCUACAUUCUACCCUAGAUGUGAACCACCGAAUUUUAUUCCUUUGACAUUUAUUGAGGAUGAAGCUGUACUCAAAACUAGACUCGAUGAAUAUGUGUUACCACAAUUGAAGAGAGGUGUACCAGCUGCAUUCUCAAAUGUAAAACCCUUAUACCAAAAAAGAAAAGCUAUUGUUCCUCAAUUACUGGAAGAUUCAAUCACAACAUAUUUCAAUAAAUUAGAUCCAAUGGAACAUCCAGGUGAAUACAUUUGGACCUGUUAUUACUUGUCUCAACAUUAUUUAUUCACCAGAAAUUUCACAAAGGCUCAAGAGUUCAUUGAACUGGCAGUGAAUCAUACUCCAACUAUGGUUGAAUUCUACAUCGUUAAAGCACGUGUUUUGAAACACAUUGGACUAUUAAAUGAGGCUGCAGAAACAAUGGAAGAAGCCAGAAAAUUAGAUUUACAAGACAGAUUUAUCAAUUGUAAAACAGUUAAAUAUUACUUAAGAGCAAAUAAUAUCGAAAAAGCCGUCGAAAUUGCUUCAUUAUUCACUAAGAAUGAUGAUGCAGCUAAUGGCGUUAAAGACUUACAUUUGGUUGAAGCAUCCUGGUUCAUUUUGGAACAGGCAGAGGCGUAUUACAGAUUAUACAUUGAAAAUUCGAAAAAAUUAAAUGAAUUGAAAAAUAAGAAUGGAUCUGAAGAAGAUGAAGAAUUAAAGAAGCAACUUCAAAACCUACAAUGGACAGUUUCAAAAUUCGAAGGUUUAUCACUAAAGAGAUUUUUGGCAAUUUCGAAAUUUUAUAAACAAUUUGAAGAUGACCAACUGGACUUCCAUUCUUAUUGUAUGAGAAAGGGAACACCUAGAACAUACUUGGAAAUGUUAGAAUGGGGUAAGAAGUUGUAUACCAAUCCAAUGUAUGUUCGUGCAAUGAAGGGAGCGGCAACGAUAUACUUUGAUCUUCAUGAUAGAUCAUUGAAAAGGAAGAAUGAAGAUGGCGAAGAAGCAGAAGACAAUAAACCUCUCAUCAAGCAAGGUAAUAAAAAGGCAAAGAAAGAGGAAACUCAAGCCAGUAAACGUAAAGAGCAGGAAGCCAAUGAAGUUAGAGCCUAUCCAACUGAUCAAGACUCUGAUGUGUUUGGACAGAAAUUACUUUCUACUGCUACUCCAUUAGCCGAUUUCAAUGAUCAUUUUUUUGAAAACUACUGUGAACAAGUGAAGGACUACGAAAGAGAUUAUAUUCUUGAAUUCGAAUAUCAUUAUAGAACGGGCAAAUUGGCAUUAUGUCUUGGUUCCUUAACUAAACUUGUUAAGAGAGAUGCUGAUAUUAAGAAAUCAGGAAUUUUUGCUGCUAUAGCCAUAAAGUUGUUAUUAGCCACAAGAGAAGCCACACCAUUCGAUGCUGUCGCCAAGAAAGUCGUCAUUAGAGGAUUUGAAACUGAAUUCGAAGACUUUCCUAUCAAUGAAGUUGAAAAUGAACAAUUCGAUUGGCUCAAUUACUUCCAAGAAAACUUUGAAAACAUUAGCAUAAAUUCUUUACUGUUUUUGAAUAAGAUCGAUUCCUUGGACAAAUUGAAAAUCAAGAAUCUUAUCUUGGAAAAGACUGCCAAUGCAGACCCAUACACUCAAAUAAAUAUCCUACAAUAUAAACUGUAA